GUGCUAUUGGGUUUUUGGGUUCACCGGUUUGCCUGACCGUAGUUGUCUCUCCCUCUCUGAAAUUCUGAUUUCUCGUUCUUGAAUAUCUCACUGUUUUUAAUAUCUGUUAAUUCUCUGUUUGAUUGGUUAAAGACCUUAUUAAAUCUAAGCCCUUGAGCUGUGUAAGCAGAAGGGUUUCAGUUGUUCGUUGAGGUUGGGAGUUUCUUUUAAAUAUAUAUAGUUAUUUGAAGAUGCAACAUAUUAGAAGAUCAGCAAUGUCGCUUAGGGGUAGAUGCAGUUGUCUCUUGGAAUACCAAAAUGGGUUGUCUUCAUAUUUGGAGCGGAAGCAUAUGAGGGGUUUAUCUGAUGCGGGUUUGGCGGCUCUUUCAUCAUCGUCCACGGCUACACAGAGAAUUACAGUUGGUAAUUCGACUAAAAGGUUGCCAGUGUCAUUUGAGUCUGGUUAUGUGAGCCAAUCAACUUCUGCUGCCAGCCAUACCUCUAAGGAGAUACUUCAAGCUACGGGAAAAGCGGUUCUCUGUGGGGGGUGCCAUGGUAAAGAAUGCCUAGUUGGUCUUGGUUCAAAAUUCCCGCCCUUGAAAAUGCAUGGAGCAAGCACCAUUAAUCCUAGCUUUGCUAGAUCAUUUGCAUCAAAAGCUUCAAAGCAAACAGGAAAAAAAGAAUCUGAGACUAGAAAAGAGGUAUCUACUGUUGAGGAUCCCUUUGAUGCUCCUACAUAUAAUAUUCCAGAGAAGCCUGUGACAUUUGUUGAGGGGGCAUCCUACAGUGUUAUAAUUCUUGCAGGACUUGGAGUUGCAGCUGCUGCAGGUUAUGCUGUUUUCAAGGAACUGAUAUUUGAACCAAAAGAGUACAAAAUCUUUAACAAAGCUCUUAAAAGGGUACAAGAUGAUGCUCAGGUCAGGGUGAGGAUAGGAUCCCCUAUUACAGGUUAUGGUCAAGAAAGUCGAAAUCGCGCUGCUCGACAACGUAUCCCCAAUAAGGUCUACACUGAUGAAGAUGGCGUAGAACAUGUUCUGGUUAAUUUUUAUAUUCGUGGACCGCAUGGAGCUGGGAAAGUUUCUGCAGAGAUGUUUAAAGACAAGGUGGAUAAGCAAUGGAAGUAUACAUACUUAAUUGUUCAGAUCAUGCAACCUUCCCAAUCGCAAUUGAUUCUCGAGUCCUAUAUGCCAGCCCCUGCCCCGGUGCCUGCAUAAAUUGUUCCCAAGCUUAGAAAGGUUGCUGUCUGUGUACCGAGUUAUUGCGAAGCAUAUCAAUGACCAAUAUCGUCAACAACAAUCAAGCAAAAUUUCUGAAUUUUUUUGUAUAAAUAAAUUGUCCUCUCAGUUUUUGACCUGUGUUAGCUGGUGGAAAUGAAUUUAUUUUCAAAGAUGUCUGGAAUUUUGACUAUCUGAUCAAUUUUGCAUAAGAAUCAAGAAGCAGGCCUGUUGGAUCAGGCCUGUUGGAUCA